UGUUUGUCAGGUUCAACUCCAGCCAUGGUUUCCCAAUGGAGGUUGAUUCAGAUACCAGCAUCUUCCAGCUCAAGGAGGCGGUUGCUAAGCGACAGGGAGUUCCAGUUGACCAGUUACGUGUGAUUUUUGCAGGCAAGGAGCUCAGGAAUGACUUGACACUGAAGAACUGUGAUCUACCCCAGCAAAGUAUUGUUCAUAUUGUUCAGAAUCGGCAGAAGAGUGAGAAUGAAAAUCCCAGGCUCCUCCUAUUGAGCAAUGGAAGGGAACCCACGAGUCUCACUCGUGUGGAUCUUAGUACCAACCUUUUACCGUCUGACUCAUUGGGACUUGCUGUGAUUUUGGACAACAGAAUCCCUAUUCCACCUAAUAAUUCAGUUUCUGGUAACAGUAUAUACAGCAGUUUUUAUGUUUUCUGCAAAAGCUUCUGCCAAGCCGUGAAACCUGGGAAACUCCGGGUUCGUUGCAAAACGUGCAAACAAGGGACACUGACUUUGGCACGG